UGAUUUUAAGUUCUUAAGUCUAAACAAAGCCCUUUCAUUGCGUGCUAUGGCGGGGUUUCUUCGAAAUGUUUCUUCUCUGAAACGUUCUCUCUUCGCUCCAGAGGUAUAUAGAGGAGGGGUAUUAGGGCCAUCUUCUCUACUGUGUAAUUUUUAUUCUAAAGGUAGGAGGAAAUCCAAGUCAGAUGGAAGCGAUUCCAGUGAGGAGAAUAUGUCCAAGAAAGAUUUAGCCCUAAAACAAGCCCUGGAUCAGAUUACUGAUUCUUUUGGAAAAGGAUCUGUUAUGUGGCUUGGUCGUUCUGUGUCUCUUAGAAAUGUUCCGGUAGUUUCCACUGGUUCUUUUGCUUUGGACAUAGCAAUUGGAACUGGUGGACUUCCAAAGGGCCGUGUCAUCGAGAUAUUUGGACCGGAGGCUUCUGGGAAAACAACUCUUGCUCUUCAUGUAAUUGCUGAAGCACAGAAGCAAGGAGGUUAUUGUGCUUUUAUUGAUGCUGAGCAUGCUCUUGAUCCGGCUCUAGCUGAGGCAAUUGGGGUAAACACUGAGAAUUUGCUUCUUUCACAACCAGAUUGUGGAGAACAUGCUCUCAGUCUUGUAGACACCCUUAUACGGAGUGGAUCUGUUGAUGUUGUAGUUGUUGAUAGUGUAGCUGCCCUAGUGCCUAAAGGUGAGCUUGAAGGCGAGAUGGGUGAUGCUCAUAUGGCAAUGCAAGCCAGACUGAUGAGCCAGGCUCUUCGUAAAUUGAGCCAUUCCUUAUCAUUAUCACAAACCAUAUUGAUUUUUAUAAAUCAGGUGAGGUCAAAACUUUCAACCUUUGGUGGAUUUGGUGGGCCAACCGAAGUUACUUGCGGUGGUAAUGCCUUGAAGUUCUAUGCAUCAUUGCGUCUAAACAUUAGGAGAACUGGGUUCGUCAAGAAAGGAGAAGAGACUAUCGGAAGUCAAGUUCUUGUGAAGAUUGUGAAGAACAAGCUUGCCCCUCCAUUUAAGAAUGCUGAAUUUGAGCUUCUGUUUGGUAAGGGAAUAUCCCGGGAAGGGGAGAUAAUAGAUUUGGCAACAAAACACAAAUUUGUUACGAGGGCUGGCUCAUUCUACAUUUUCAAUGACCAGAAAAUCCAUGGCAAGGAAGCCUUUAAAAAAUUUUUGGCUGAAAAGGAAAGUGCAUGUGAAGAACUUGUGAUGAAACUUAGAGAAAAACUACUUGAAGCUGAUAGCAAAAAGGAAAGGCAGACAGAUAUUUUGGAUGGGGAUACUUUAGAAGAAAUAAUUUCAACUGACACUACUGAUGAAGAAGCUGUUACUGCCGUUGAAGCUUAAGUAUGCAUUUGACUCGGAAUGAAUCCCCCCAUGUUCCCUUUGCAGGUUCAGUCUUUUAUGGGGUGGCCUUCUUCUUUUGGAUCAGUCGUUAGCAAAGUAAAAUUUUCCGUGGACACGAUGAUGGAAGGAUUUGAAAGUCCUUUGAUUCAUAGUCACAUUCAACCCUGUCAUGGUCGAUAUCGGGGGUUUGAAUGGACGGCAUUGUAACUUGAGUUUUUGGUCGUAUUUGUACAUGAAUUGCUAAUACAGGUUAUUCAUUGAAAUCUCCGGGUGUUCUCUCUUUUGUCAUAUGUCCAGCAACAUUUUACUUGUUAAUGAGGCCUACAUUUGUGUUCUGGUAAGAAGGUUAUUCCUUUUCGUUCCUUUCCCAUCUUUUUAGACUUGUAGUGGUUACGGGUAGAAAAACAUUGAUCUUGUUGCUUUCUUUUCUUGGGAUAAAUGGAAGCUUGCUGCUUUUUUUUUUUUCUGGGUGCUCAUGCACAUUUAAAAAAAAAAAAAAAAAGGCUUUAUCUGGUCAGGAAUUGCCUGACCAAAUGAAAAAGAGAAAGGAAUUUGGCAAAGAAAUUGUAAUUGAUUGGAUGAGGCGUAUAAAUUUGUACUGCCACAGUUCCACUGCCUGGAAUCUAUUUAUUUCUCUACACGCUAUGAAAUUAGAGGAUCAAUUUAUUUUCAAACUAUACAAUUAGAUAAACCCGGUGCCAAUUAAAGGAAAAGGUCGAAUAUGAUGCACGACUUAUGCUGGGCAAUCCCCUAAUUGGAACGAUUUGCUAUCACGCUAUUUUGAAAUUAAAUUUUUAGCGAUUUUUAUCAC